AAUAUUGUUCAAAUAGUCGAUUUCAAUGGUUGAACUGCUUGCUAAGUCGGAAUAACGCCACAGAAUUAGUAUUUUAAUUAUGUUCAUGACGCUAUUGACUUAUGGGUUGCUAAUUGUUGCACUUUGGACCCUACUAAAGUGCCUCAAUCGGAAAUACUUUAUCCUGUCGCUGGUGAAACGCGUACAGACCCAGGAUGGCAGUCCAUUGGACAGCAAAGUGUUUGUGAUUCCGGGCAAGACGAGAUUCGGUAGUAAUUUUGAUUUGCUCAAAAUGACGCCCUCGAUGGUUUUUCAAUUUGUGCGCGAUGCUCAUAAACAAGCCAAGGGUCGCAAUUACCUGUGGUAUUUCUUAUUCGCACCACUUUAUAACGUGGUGCGCGCUGAGGAAGCUGACGAAAUCUUACAGAGUACCAAACUGCUAACCAAAAAUAUUGUAUACGAUCUGCUAAAACCUUUCAUGGGUGAGGGCCUACUUAUCAGCACAGAUCGUAAGUGGCACUCUAGACGAAAGAUGCUGACUCCCGCCUUCCAUUUCAAUGUGCUGCAAAUGUUUUUAGACAUAUUCAAGGAGGAAUGCCACAAAUUAUUAAAUAUCUUACAUCAAAAUGUUGGCGACGAAUUGGAGCUGAAUCAUGUUAUUCCACAGUUUACACUCAACAAUGUUUGCGAAACCGCUCUGGGAGUAAAACUUGAUGAUAUGGAAGAAGGUAACCGGUAUCGUAAUGCCAUACACGCCCUGGAGGACGUUAUGAUAGAGCGUGUAUGUAAUCCGCUGCUAUAUUAUAAGCCCUAUUUCUACCUGUACGGCAGUUAUAGAAAGCACAUAGAGAAUCUGAAGAUAGCGCAUGACUUCUCCAGCCGCAUCAUCGAGCAGAAGCGACAACAGAGCAAACAGAAGCGGACUGGAUCUAUAGAUGGGAUAGAUGAGUUUGGGCGAAAAUCGCGAUAUGCGAUGCUGGAUACACUGCUGGAGGCGGAGAACGAGGGUCUCAUCGAUCAUCAGGGCAUCUGUGAUGAGGUGAACACAUUUAUGUUCGAGGGCUACGACACCACCGCCACUUGCCUGAUAUUCACGCUGCUCAUGUUGGCGCUGCACGAGGAUGUCCAGCAACGCUGCUUUGAGGAAGUGCAGCCACUGAGCGACAAGGAUAAUGAGGAGCUGAGUGUGUUCGAUUUCAAUGGGCUGGUCUACUUGGAGUGUGUGAUUAAGGAGUCGCUACGUCUUUUUCCUUCUGUGCCAUUUGUGGGACGCUUCUGCACGGAGGAAUGUGUGGUGAAUGGUCUGAUCCUUCCCAAGAACUCCCAAAUCUGUUUGCAUAUCUACGAUAUAAUGCGUGAUCCAGUGCACUUUCCCAAUCCCUCUCAAUUUCAGCCUGAGCGAUUUCUGCCUGAAAAUUCCGUAAAUCGUCAUCCGUUCGCAUUUAUUCCAUUCAGUGCCGGACAACGGAAUUGUAUUGGUCAAAAGUUUGCCAUUUUGGAGAUGAAAGUGCUGCUGGUAGCCAUAUUGCAGAAUUUUCAACUUUUACCUGUGACCCGACUGGAAGACAUUAUUUUCGAGUAUGGCAUUGUGUUACGUUCCCAGAAAAACAUUGCCAUUAAAUUGAAGCGGCGGCAGCAGUCAUAAAUUAUACAACUUGCCACAGAUUACCAUAUAUACAGUUGCGAAAAAAAAUAAUAGCACUUCUCUCAAGAGAAAUGUUGUCAAAACGUCUCUGUAAGUCCAAGGAACUUAUGAAAAUGUUUUUGAAAGUGGAAGUAGACUCUUCAACUUAUUUCAAUUCAAUUAUAAUUAAAACAUUAUACAGAUUUUUGAAAUGGUCAUUUAUAAUUAUGAAAAUUGGAAAUACAUCAACGAUUUCUUUAAAAAUUUAUAUAUUAUUGAAAAUAAUUCGAGGAGUAGUAACUAUAAUUUAGAUAAUACAAACUUUAAUUUAGGUAAUAUUAAAAAUCUAUUAAAGAUCAAUAUUUGGAAAAAUUGCAAAACUAAUGUUUAGAAAAAAGUUCGAAAUAGUAGUAUUAUUUGUUUCGCAACUGUAUAAAAUAAUUCAUAUUUUUUUAAAUGUAUAUUACUAGGCAAACAAGAAAACCCAAUUUGAACAUAACAUCAAUUUGAACAUAACAUUCCACAAGCAUAAACAGCGUAUUUGCAGCGUGAAACGUAAAUACUAAAAAUUUAAAAAUGCCAAAUUCAAAAGUGUGAUGGCAACCCUACAAAACCAAACAGGAGACUUGUUGUAUACAAAUGUAUAUAUAUGCACACAAUUUGUAAACAUUGCAACUACAUAUAACAUAUUUGAAAAAUGCUAAUGUGCCAUAGUCAUAUUCAUAUUAAUGCAAUUAAUUUUAUAAACAUGACAUUAACUCUCAGCAAUUUGUUGAUUUUACGGAAGGCAAAGGCUGCCACAAUUCCAACAGGCGCAUUGACUUUUCAACUGCUAAAUUUAUCUGUGCAUUUUCUAUUAUAUAGAAUUGUUAACGAGAAGAACUUGUCACACCUAUGUUAAAGCGCGCAAAUGCCUAAUUUAAUUAUAAUUAUAUUUACGCAUCGAAUAACAAAACAAACCGCGCACAGACACAUACAUAUACAACACUCACACACACACACACUCAGGUACAUGUGAUCGCGCAGCAAAACAAAACAUAAAAGUGCAGCACUUCUGCAUUCGAAAAGGCAACCAGCAAUUUCACUCACCUUUUUUAAUUUGCACAAG